GAGAAUUCAGCCACGUGGCAACCGCCACCGCCAUGGAGAUGUCCUCGCUCAUGAUCACCAACAUAAUCUUCUACGCGCUCUUCGCCGUGGCCGGCCUGCCCGCCAACGCGUUCCUCAUCCUCGCCAGCCGCCGGCGCCGCCGCACCACCUUGCUGCCCGUGGGCGACCUCCUGGUCCUCAACUUGGCUCUCGCCGAUUUCCUCCACAUCGUCUUCCGCAACCUCUCCGUGCUCGUGUCGCACGUGGCCCGCGAGUGCCUCCUGGGCGCGUUGCCCUGCAGCGUCAUCGGCGCCGCAAUGUACUUCACCAUCGGCUUGAGCGCCAACUUCACGCUCAUGCUCAGCCUGUACCGCCUGGGCAAGCUGCGCCACGUGUGCCGUCCCUCGGUGCUCGUGGCGCGCAUGGAGGGCUCCCGGUGGCCCCCGCGAGCCGCCGCCGCCGCGUGGCUCUUCUGUUGCGCGUCGGCGCUGCCCUACGUGGCGCUGCUCGAGCGCACGGACACGGCGGGAGACGCGUGCGUGUGCACCGCGAACCCGCGCCUCGUGCGCGGCGGGGAGCGACUCCUCGCCUACAACAUCUUCCAGCAGGUCCUCUACGAGUUCACGCCCGUCGUGGGCAUGGUGCUGGCCAACGCCAAAAUCGUCGCCUUCCUCCUAACGCGCCGACGCCGCCAGGUGCUGACGGACAGCGCCGGCGACGGAGCCCCGCGUCGCCUCGUGCGCCAGGUGCGCGCCGCCAAGGUGCUCGUCCUCCUGGCGCUGCUCUUCGUGCUCUGCUGGGGCACCCACGUCCUCGUCUCGAUGUUCUUCGCCCUCGACAAGGUCGCCGUGCUCGCGGCUCGCGUCGUCGGAAUGCUCCACUCGGUGUGCAGCCCCUACCUCGUCGUCGCCGGCAACCGCGGGCUACGCAGUCGCCUCUGGGCCGCGCUUGGACGCGGAGGUGGAGGAGGUGGUGGUGGUGGAGGUGGUGGUGGAGGUGGUGGAGGAGGUGGCUGGGGCAGGGGGUGGUGGCGGCGGAGGUGUAGGUCGGUGGCGGUGCAGCCGAGCAGCAGGAGGAGGAGUAGCGACGGCUGUGGUGGUGGUGGCGACGGCUGUGCUGGUGGUGGUGGACGUGGUGGUGGUGGAAGGUCGAGGGUGGACGUGGAGCUGCCGCCCGUUCACGCGGACGUGCUGCAGAGCUCCAUCAGCUUCAGCCAGCAGCUGCGCAUGGCGAGUCUGUGAGGAGGGAGGAGGAGGGAGGAGAUGGAUCGUCGUGGUUGCGGAUGACGGACAGGGUGCGGUAGAGCGGUCUUGAGUGUC